UUUCUCCGUGCUAAUGUUCCUGAACCAAUUCUCAUGACUACGCUGGUGACACAUCGGUAACUUUCAACUUUGAACAGCAAUGGAGUUACCGUCUCCGGCACCGGAAUCCAUCAUUCUAGAAGACUUUGGUCAAAAGGUUGACCUCACCCGGCGGAUCCGGGAGGUUCUCUUGAACUACCCGGAGGGUACUACGGUACUUAAAGAGCUCAUACAAAAUGCCGAUGACGCCGGUGCCUCUAAGGUUCGCCUCUGCCUCGACUGCCGCGUACAUGGCUCCGAUUCUCUCUUAUCCAACUCCUUGUCCCAGUGGCAGGGGCCAGCGCUCUUGGCCCAUAACGACGCGGUUUUUACUGAGGAGGAUUUCGUUAGUAUUUCAAGAAUCGGUGGCAGUGCAAAGCACGGCCAGGCGUGGAAGACUGGCCGGUUCGGUGUCGGUUUCAAUUCGGUUUACCAUUUGACAGAUUUGCCUUCGUUUGUGAGCGGCAAGUACGCUGUGUUAUUCGAUCCUCAGGGAAUUUACCUGCCAAAUGUUUCAACAUCAAAUCCUGGAAAGAGAAUCGAUUUUGUUUCCUCUUCAGCGAUCGCACUUUACAAGGACCAAUUCUCUCCGUACAUUGCAUUCGGUUGUGACAUGAAAGCUUCCUUCGCGGGAACUCUCUUCCGUUUCCCUCUAAGGAAUACACAUCAAGCAGCGACCAGCAAGCUAUCGAGACAAGCGUACUUGGACGAGGACGUAUUGUCAAUGUUUGUUCAGCUUUUCGAAGAAGGGGUUCUUUCUCUACUGUUUCUCAAAAAUGUGCUUUCUAUCGAGAUGUAUGUGUGGGAGAAGGGAGAAACUGAGCCGAAGAAGCUCUAUGCCACCCGUGUUUGUACACUAAAUGAUGAUGUUAUUUGGCAUCGUCAGGCCCUUUUGAGGAUGUCAAAAAGGGGUUCCACUGGGUUGGAGGAGAAGAAUGAAAUGGAUGGCUAUUGGGUUGACUUCUUGAGUGAGAAAUUUGUUGGCAACGAAGUUAAGAAGAGGACUGAUAGGUUUUAUGUUGUGCAAACAAUGGCAUCUGCAAAUAGUAGAAUUGUUUCUUUUGCUGCAACUGCUUCUAAAGAAUAUGAUGUCCAGCUUUUACCUUGGGCUUCUGUUGCAGCAUGUAUAUCAGAUGAUUUAUCCAAUAAUGACGAUCUGAAGCGUGGUCGGGCAUUUUGUUUUCUUCCACUGCCUGUAAGAACUGGACUUAAUGUUCAUGUUAAUGGUUACUUUGAGGUUUCUUCAAAUCGUCGUGGAAUUUGGUAUGGAGAAGACAUGGACAGAAGUGGAAAAAUUCGCUCUGUCUGGAAUAGACUUCUUUUAGAAGAUGUUGUAGCUCCUACCUUUAAACAUUUUCUGUUGGGUGUGCAAGGGUUGCUAAGAUCAAUAGAUUCAUACUACUCUUUAUGGCCUACUGGUUCCUUUGAAGAACCAUGGAACAUAUUAGUUGAGCACAUGUACAGAAAAAUUGGUGAUGCACCUGUGUUGCAUUCGGAAUUUGAAGGUGGAAAAUGGGUAACACCAAUUGAAGCCUUCCUUCAUGAUGAGGAGUUCACGAAAAGCAAGGAACUUGGUGAAUCCCUGCUGAGAUUGGGAAUGCCUAUUGUCCAUUUGCCUGUUUUCUUGUUUGAUAUGCUUUUGAAAUAUGCUUCUGGUUUUGAGCAGAAAGUGGUUACUCCUGAUACAGUACGUCAAUUUCUCAGGGAAUGCAAAACCUCCCUUGUGACAUUAAGCAAAUCAUACAAACUUGUAUUAUUGGAAUAUUGUCUUGAGGACUUAAUUGAUGAGGAUGUUGGUAUUCAAGCUAGCAAACUGGCACUGAUUCCUUUAGCAAAUGGUGAUUUUGGAGUAUUCUCUGAGGCUUCCAAGGGGACCUCUUAUUUCAUUUGCAAUGAGUUAGAGUACAUGUUGCUUGAACAAAUUCAUGAUAAAAUUAUUGAUCAUGAUAUUCCUGUUCACAUACUUAGGAGACUUUCUGCUGUUGCAGAGUUGUCGAAUGCAAAUCUUACAGUUUUCAGUGUUACAUAUUUUCUUAACUUAUUUCCUAGAUUUGUACCUGGUGAAUGGAGAUAUAAAAGUAGGGUUCUGUGGGACCCAGAAUCUUGUAGUAAUCACCCAACUUCGUCAUGGUUUAAGCUGUUCUGGCAAUAUAUUCGAAGUCGAUGCAAAAAAUUGUCCCUGUUUGGUGAUUGGCCCAUCUUGCCAUCUACAUCUGGGUAUCUGUACAGGCCUUCUAGACAGUCAAAACUGAUCACUGUUGAUAAACUUACUGUUCCAAUUCGUGAUAUCCUUGUGAAGAUUGGAUGCAAGAUACUUAACACAGCUUAUGGAGUUGAACAUCCAGAUUUGCCUCUUUAUGUGUGGGAAGGUAAUUGUGCUGGCGUCUUGGAAUCAAUUUUUGAUGCUCUCUCUUCAAAUGGUGGCAUAAUCCAGACAUUUUUUCAUAAUUUGGGAGCUGAAGAAAUGGAUGAGCUUCGGAGAUUUCUUCUUGAUCCAAAAUGGUACUUGGGAGACAACAUUGAUGGUUCUAUCAUAAGGAAUUGCAAGAUGCUGCCUAUUUUUAAAGUUUAUGGUGGAGGGUCUGUUCAAGGCGUUCAUUUCUCUGAUCUAGAAAAUCCUCAGAAGUACCUACCGCCAUUAAAUGUCCCUGAGAAGUUUCUGGGUUCUGAGUUUAUUAUGACCUCCUCAAAUAGUGAAGAAGAGAUUUUGAUGAGAUUUUAUGGAAUUGAGAGAAUGGGGAUGGCACGCUUCUACAGGCAGCAGGUGUUUGAUAAUGUUAGAGAAUUACAGCCUGAGGUUCGAGAUAGUAUUAUGCUUUCUGUUUUGCAAAACUUGCCACAAUUGUGCAUAGAGGAUGCAACUUUCAGGGAAUAUUUAAAGAACUUGGAAUUUGUCCCUACAUUUAGUGGUGCUGUCAAGUGUCCUGCAGUCCUCUAUGAUCCACGUAAUGAAGAGUUAUGUGCUUUAUUAUCUGAGUCUGAUAGUUUCCCUUCUGGUGUUUUCCAAGAACCUGACAUGCUUGACAUGCUAGAUAGUUUGGGCCUCAGAAAGUCUGUUUCUCCUGAGACAGUUAUAGAAAGUGCUAGACAAGUAGAGCGACUAAUGCAUGAGGAUCAACAAAAGGCACAUUGCAGAGCUAAAGUGCUUCUUUCUUACUUAGAAGUGAAUGCCAUGAAGUGGUUACCCGACCACCUAAAUGAUGACCAAGGAACUGUUAACAGAAUCUUUUCACGAGCUGCAACUGCAUUUAGACCUCGCAACUUGACAUCUGACCUUGAAAAGUUCUGGAAUGAUCUGCUGAUGAUUUGCUGGUGCCCUGUAAUGGUUUCUGCUCCAUUUCAGACUUUGCCAUGGCCUGCUGUGUCAUCAACAAUUGCUCCACCUAAGCUUGUUAGACUACAAAGAGACAUGUGGCUUGUUUCAGCUAGCAUGAGAAUACUGGAUGGUGAAUGUUCUUCAACUGCAUUAUCAUAUAAACUUGGAUGGUUGUCUCCACCUGGAGGAAGUGCACUUGCUGCUCAAUUACUUGAGCUUGGAAAAAACAAUGAGAUUGUGAAUGAUCAGGUGCUCCGCCAGGAAUUAGCCUUGGCAAUGCCAAAGGUCUACUCAAUAAUGACGAGCUUGAUUGGAUCCGAUGAAAUGGACAUUGUGAAGGCUGUUCUUGAAGGGUCUCGUUGGAUUUGGGUGGGAGAUGGAUUUGCUACUAUAGAUGAGGUCGUUCUUGAUGGUCCUCUUCAUUUGGCUCCUUAUAUUCGUGUUGUACCUGUUGAUUUAGCUGUUUUCAAAGACUUAUUUUUGGAGCUUGGUGUCCGAGAAUAUUUUAAGCCCAUUGAUUAUGCUAAUAUUCUGGUUAGAAUGGCUGUGAGGAAAGGUUCCUGUCCUCUAGAUAUACAAGAAAUAAGGGCAGCCAUAAUGAUAGUUCAGCAUCUGGCUGAGGUUCAGUUUCAUGAGCAAGAAGUCAAGAUAUAUUUACCAGAUGUUUCAGGAAGGCUCUUCCUUGCCAGUGAUUUAGUUUAUAAUGAUGCUCCCUGGUUGCUUGGGUCAGAUGAUAAUAAUUACUCAUUUGGUGCAUCUGCUAUGGCCUUAAAUGCAAAAAGAACAGUUCAGAAAUUUGUUCAUGGCAAUAUCUCUAAUGAGGUUGCAGAUAAGCUUGGUGUCUGCUCACUUCGUAGGAUCUUACUUGCAGAGAGUGCUGAUUCAAUGAAUUUUGGUUUGUCAGGGGCUGCUGAAGCCUUUGGACAGCAUGAAGCAUUGACAACGAGACUUAAACAUAUACUUGAGAUGUAUGCAGAUGGUCCUGGGAUUCUUUUUGAGCUGGUACAAAAUGCUGAGGAUGCUGGGGCUUCAGAAGUGAUAUUUCUUUUGGAUAAAACUCAAUAUGGAACAUCAUCUGUUCUCUCCCCUGAAAUGGCAGACUGGCAAGGUCCUGCAUUAUAUUGUUUCAAUGACUCGGUUUUCAGUCCUCAAGAUCUUUAUGCAAUAUCACGCAUUGGUCAAGAAAGCAAACUGGAAAAGCCUUUUGCAAUUGGAAGAUUCGGGCUUGGAUUUAAUUGUGUUUAUCAUUUGACGGACAUACCCACAUUUGUUUCUGGGGAAAACAUUGUGAUGUUUGAUCCUCAUGCCAAUAAUUUACCUGGGAUCUCUCCUUCCCAUCCUGGCUUAAGAAUUAAGUUCGUGGGCAGAAAGAUUUUGGAACAAUUUCCGGAUCAGUUCUCUCCAUUUUUACACUUCGGCUGUGAUUUGCAACAUCCCUUUCCUGGUACCCUCUUUCGUUUUCCUCUUAGAAGUGCUGCUAUUGCCCUUCGUAGCCAGAUAAAGAAGGAAGGUUAUGCACCUGAUGAUGUCAUGUCUCUCCUUGCAUCCUUUUCUGGGGUCGUUUCUGAUGCUUUGCUUUUUCUCCGCAAUGUGAAAACUAUUUCUAUUUUUGUGAAGGAAGGUAAUGGUUAUGACAUGCAACUACUGCAUCGUGUACACAGAAAUUGUAUCAUUGAGCCAGAAAUGGAGUCCAGUGCAUUGGAUGAUUUGUUCACUCUUAUUAAUGGAGGUCAGAGUAAUGGACUUGGUAAAGAUCGGUUGCUCAAAAAGCUGAGCAAAUCCGUUGGUAGGGAUUUACCGUAUAAAUGUAAGAAGAUUGUAGUGACUGAGCAAAAGCCAUCUAGUGUUUUGUCACACUGUUGGAUAAGCAGUGAGUGUUUAGGUGGUGGGCAAGCUAAGAGCAGUUCUGUGGUUGACAAAUCUCAUAAAUCGAUUCCAUGGGCAUGUGUUGCAGCAUAUAUACACUCUGUCAAGAGGGAUGGGGAAUUGGGUGAUAUCUUGAACAAAGAGGGCUCCGGUACUUCUGAGAUGUUUCAAUUUUCUGCAUCUUCUGUUCAGCAAAAGAAUAACUUUGAGGGCCGUGCCUUCUGCUUUUUACCACUGCCAAUCACUACUGGGCUUCCAGUGCAUAUUAAUUCAUAUUUUGAAUUGUCAUCCAACAGGAGAGACAUCUGGUUCGGUAAUGACAUGGCAGGGGGCGGAAAAAAACGGUCUGAUUGGAAUAUGUAUAUUCUCGAAGCUAUUGUUGCCCCUGCUUAUGGUCACUUGCUUGAGAAAAUUGCACGGGAGAUUGGUCCAUGUGAUUUGUUCUUUUCAUGUUGGCCGACAGCCACUGGUUUGGAGCCUUGGGCAUCAAUGGUGCGGGAACUUUAUGUUUUUAUUGCUGAAUCUGGUGUUCGUGUAUUAUUUACAAAAGCUAGAGAGGGCCAGUGGAUUUCUGCCAAACAAGCGCUUUUUCCUGAUUUUAACUUUCAUAAGGCAAAUGAGCUCAUAGAAACAUUAUCAGAUGCUGGUCUACCUCUUGUGGAUGUUUCCAAGCCACUUGUAGAGAGAUUUAUGGAGGCCUGUUCGUCACUGAAUUUUCUUACUCCAGAGUUGUUAAGAACACUGUUGAUUCGGCGGAGACGUGCAUUUAAGUGUAGGAGUUCAAUGAUCCUUGCACUUGAGUAUUGUUUACUUGAUUUAAAAGUUCCUACUCAACCUGAUAGUUUGUGUGGUUUAGCAUUGUUACCUCUUGCUAAUGGUUCAUUUGCUGCGUUUGAGAAACAUGGCACUGGUGAAAGAAUUUAUGUUGCACGGGGGGAUGAGUAUUGUCUCCUCAAGGAUUCAGUUCCACAUCAGCUUGUGGAUAAUGGAAUUCCAGAAGUUGUUUAUGGAAAGCUGUGCAGCAUAGCUGAGAGCAAGGAAUCGAAUUUAUCUUUUUUGUCGUGUGAUUUACUUGAGAAGCUCUUGGUGAAAUUACUUCCGGUUGAGUGGCAGCUUGCCAAAAAGGUAACUUGGGCUCCUGGCAAUCAUGGCCAACCAAGUUUAGAAUGGAUGAGAUCUCUGUGGAGCUAUCUAAAGUCAAGUUGUAAUAAUCUCUCAAUAUUUUCUAACUGGCCAAUAUUACCUGUGGGAGACAAUUAUCUUUUGCAGUUGGUUCCUAAUUCUAAUGUGAUUUCAGAUGAUGGAUGGAGUGAAAACAUGUCUUCUUUGUUGUUGAAAGUAGGAUGUUUAUUCUUGAGGAAUGACCUGCAAAUAGAGCAUCCAGAGCUAGAAAAAUUUGUGCAGUCUCCGACAGCAUCAGGCAUAUUAAAAGCAUUUCUGGCAAUUUCUGGCAACUCAGAGAACAUUGAGGGGCUUUUUACUAAUGCAUCAGAUGGGGAAAUGCAUGAACUGCGGAGUUUUGUUCUGCAAUCUAAGUGGUUUUCUGAGGAGCAGAUGGAUGACACAUGUACUGGUGUCAUCAAACACCUUCCUGUGUUUGAGUCAUACAGAAGUCGGAAACUAGUUAGUCUAAGCAAACCCACCAAACAGCUUAAACCGAAUGGUGUUCGGGAGGAUCUCUUGGAUGAUGAUUUUGUACGCACUGAAUCAGAAAGAGAGAGAAUUAUUCUGACAAGGUACUUGGAGAUCAGAGAGCCAUCAGUUGUUGAAUUUUAUAAACUUUAUGUACUUAACCGCAUGCCAGAAUACCUUUCACAGAGGGAGGCUCUUGUAGCCAUUCUAAAUGAUGUGAAGCUUUUGAGUGAAAACGAUAUUUCCAUUAAAUCUGCACUUUGCAUGAUGCCUUUCGUUUUGGCUGCCAAUGGAACCUGGCAACAACCAUCUAGGCUUUAUGAUCCCCGUGUUCCUGAGCUACAAAAGGUGCUCCAUAGUGGGUUUUUUCCUUCUAAAGAAUUCUCAGAUCCUGAAACUUUGGAGACUUUAGUUACCCUUGGGCUUAAAAGAACGUUGGGUUUAACUGGUUGUCUUGACUGUGCUAGAUCCAUAUCAAUGUUGCAUGAUUCUGGUGACUCAGAAGUGUUGAAUUAUGGGAAGAGGUUUUUUACCUGUUUGAAUGCUCUAGCACAUAAGCUCUCUGGAGAGGAUGAAGAAAGGAAUUGCAAUCAGUUGCCACGUACCUUGGUUUGUCAGGAAAAUUGUGUUGCAAAUGAUGAUGCUUUGUAUCCCAACUCUCGUGAGAGAGAUAAGGUUUACCUUAAAGAUUCUUUGGAUAUUCACUCUCUCUUGACUAACUUGGUUGAUGACAAACCAGAAGAAGAAUUUUGGUCUGAACUGAAGAGUAUUGAAUGGUGUCCUAUUAUGAUUGAUCCACCUCUAGAAGGACUGCCAUGGUUAAAAUCCACUAGGAAGGUAGCGUCUCCAAUAAUUGUCAGACCUAAGUCACAGAUGUGGAUGGUAUCCUGUUCAAUUCAUAUACUAGAUGGUGAAUGCGACUCAAAUUACCUACAAAAUAAACUUGGUUGGAUGGAUUGUCCAAAGGUGGAUGUUUUGACAAUGCAAUUGAUUGAACUAUCCAAGUCCUACAAUCAGCUAAAGCUCAAUUCUUCUGUUAGACUGGAGUUUGAUGCGGCACUGCAAAAGGGAAUUCCAAUGCUUUAUUCUAGACUGCAAGAAUUUAUUGGUGCUGAUGAUUUUGUGAGGUUGAAGUCUGCUUUAGGUGGUGUUUCCUGGGUUUGGAUUGGUGAUGAUUUUGUGUCCACAAAUGAACUUGCAUUUGAUUCGCCAGUGAAAUUUACCCCUUAUUUGUAUGUUGUCCCAUCCGAGUUAUCUGAAUUUAGAGAAUUGCUAUUGGGAUUAGGUGUGAAACUUAAUUUCGAUAUCUGGGAUUAUUUCCAUGUUCUGCAACGAUUACAAAAUAAUGUGAAAGGGUGCUCCCUAUCAACUGACCAGUUAAGUUUUGUCCAUUGUGUCCUUGAAGCUGUCGCAGACUGUUGCUUAGAUGACUCAAUGUUGGAGGCUUCUAGUACAUCAUUGUUAAUGCCAAAUUCUUCUGGAGUUCUGAUGCAUUCUGGAGACCUUGUUUACAAUGACGCACCAUGGAUGGAGAACAGUGCACUAGUUGGGAAAGAUUUUGUGCAUCCAAGUAUCAGCAAUGAUUUGGCCAAUAGGUUGGGGGUUAAAUCACUCCGCUGCCUUGCUUUGGUAGAUGAAGAUAUGAAUAAAGAUUUGCCAUGCAUGGAUUUUGCUAAGAUAAGUGAUCUUCUGGAAUUGUAUGGGAACAAUGAUUUUUUGUUGUUUGAUCUUCUUGAGUUAGCAGAUUGCUGCAAGGCUAAAAGGUUACACCUAACCCUUGACAAGAGGGAGCAUCCUCGUCAGUCAUUGCUGCAGCCCAAUUUGGGUGAAUUCCAAGGGCCCGCUCUAGUUGCCAUUUUGGAUGGUGUUAGCUUAACUAGAGAGGAAGUUAGCAGCCUUCAGCUUCUACCACCAUGGAGACUUCGUGGCAAUACUCUUAAUUAUGGUCUGGGACUUCUUAGCUGUUACUUUGUAUGUGAUCUCUUAUCAAUUAUUUCUGGUGGCCACUUUUAUAUGUUCGAUCCUUGUGGUCUGGCACUUGGUGUUCCUUCAAGUCAUACUCCUGCAGCCAAAGUGUUUUCUCUGAUUGGUACAAAUUUGACGGAGCGUUUUUGUGAUCAAUUUGAUCCUAUGCUGGCCGGUGAAAACAUGUCAUCUUCAUUUGAUUCUACUAUUAUCCGCAUGCCUCUGUCAUCAGAAUGUCUUAAAGAUGGACUCGAGUUGGGAUUGAAGAGAGUAAAGCAAAUAUUUGAAAGAUUCAUGGAGAGUUCAUCUAGGACACUUAUUUUCUUGAAGUCAGUUUUGCAGGUAUCACUCUCAACAUGGGAUGAGGGAUGUGAUAAACCAUGCCAGGAUUUUUCAGUUUCUGUUGAUUCAUUAUGUGCUACCAUGAGAAACCCUUUUUCAGAAAAACAGUGGAGGAAGUUUCAAAUAUCACGGUUAUUUGGCAGCUCAAAUGCUGCAGUAAAAUUGCAUGUGUUAGACGUGGAUUUGUAUGAAGGAGCUACAACUAAUAGAGUUGUUGACCGGUGGCUUGUUGUGCAAACCCUUGGUUCUGGGCAAACAAGAAAUAUGGCUCUUGAUAGGAGAUAUCUUGCAUACAACUUGACACCUGUGGCUGGAGUUGCAGCACACAUAUCAAGAAACGGUCACCCUGUUGAUGUGCAUAUGAAAAGCUCUGUUAUGUCUCCUCUUCCUUUGUCUGGUAGUAUUACUCUACCUGUUACUAUUUUUGGAUGUUUCCUUGUACGUCACAACGGUGGUCGUUCUCUGUUUAAGUAUCAGAAUCGUGGAACUUUAAUGGAAGCACGUGUUGAUGCUGGAGAUCAGUUGAUUGAAGCUUGGAACAGAGAAUUGAUGGCUUGUGUUCGUGAUUCAUACGUUGAAAUGGUGAUUGAAAUGCAGAGGUUAAGAAGAGAACCUUCAAGUUCCACUAUCGAAUCAAGUGCAACUCGUUCAGUUGCAGUAUCUUUGAAGGCAUAUGGUGAUCUAAUUUAUUCUUUCUGGCCAAGGUCAAGCAAGCAUCCACUUAUUAAUGAAUCUGGUGAUGUCAAUAACUUAGUACAAACAGAAGUGCUUAAAGCAGAUUGGGAAUGUCUCAUUGAACAAGUAAUAAGGCCAUUCUAUGUUCGUGUUGCUGAUCUUCCUCUGUGGCAGCUGUAUUCAGGAAUCUUGGUCAAGUCCGAAGAAGGUAUGUUUCUUUCUCAACCUGGAAAUGGAGUAAAUAGUAAUUUGCUUCCAGCUACAGUUUGUGGCUUUGUGAAGGAACAUUAUUCCGUGUUUUCUGUACCCUGGGAGCUGGUGACUGAAAUCCAGGCUGUGGGGGUUGUUGUUCGACAAAUUAAACCUAAAAUGGUCAGGGAUCUUUUGAGGAUGUCUUCAACGUCUCUUGUUCUUCGUUCAGUUGAUACAUAUUUGGACGUUCUCGAAUACUGUUUGUCUGAUAUUGAAUUUCCAGCAUCAUCUAAUUUCUCUGGAGAAAAUACAUCAGUGGACUCUUUUAACUCCAGUACAAUGAAUAGAGCAGCUAAUGAGGUGGGCAACAGUUAUGCUUCAGUAUCAAUUUCUAAUGUACAAAAUUUUCCUGGGUUGCCAUCCCAGAAUGCAGCCAGUUCAGGAGAUGCCCUUGAACUGAUGACGAGUUUGGGAAAGGCGUUAAUUGAUUUUGGCCGGGGAGUUGUUGAAGAUAUUGGUAGGGCUGGAGAACCCUCAAUUCGGGGAAACAUUAUUGCAGAUGGCAUCAAUGGAAAUGUAAAUCCUAAAAUUCUACUGGUUGCUGCUGAGCUCAGGGGUUUACCUUGUCCAACAGCUGCUAAUAAUUUAGCUAGGUUAGGAGUUACAGAACUUUGGCUUGGUGACAAGGAUCAACAGGCCCUGAUGAUACCUUUAACUGCAAAAUUUAUCCAUCCGAAAUUGUUGGAUAGACCUAUCCUGGUUGGUAUUUUCUCAAAAUGCGCCAUGCAAUCAUUAUUAAAACUGAACAGUUUCUCCCUUUACUUACUGGCUAGUCACAUGAGAUCACUUUUUCACGAGAAUUGGGUGAACCAUGUUAUGAGUUCAAACAUGGCCCCAUGGUUUUCAUGGGAGAAUACAUCUACUUCUGUUAAUGAAGGUGGUCCUUCCCAUGAAUGGAUAAGAUUAUUCUGGAAAUGUUUCACUGGUUCAUCAGAAGAGCUUUUACUAUUUGCGGAUUGGCCCCUAAUUCCUGUUUUUCUUGGUAGACCCAUCUUAUGCCGUGUAAAAGAACGCAAUUUGGUCUUCAUUCCUCCACCUUUUACUGAUCCAGCCUCUGGAAAUGGUGUCUUGGAAGUGGUUGGCACAGGCAGUGAUAUGAGUGGACUAUCCCUGGACCAUUCUCCUGAAUCCGAAAUUCAGUCAUAUAUUUCAGCUUUUGAGCAAACCAAAAAAAGGUAUCCUUGGCUGUUUUCUCUGCUGAACCAGUGCAAUGUACCAAUUUUUGAUGCUGCUUUCAUUGGUUGUGCUGCCUCAUGUAAUUGCCUCCCUCAACCUGGUCAGUCACUGGGCCAAGUUAUUGCUUCCAAGCUUGUUGCUGCAAAACGUGCUGGCUACUUUGCUGAACUUGCAUCAUUUGUAGGUUCAGAUCGAGACGAGCUUUUCAAUCUUUUUGCUAAUGAUUUCUUUUCUAAUAGCUCUAAAUACGGAACUGAGGAGCUUGAAGUACUGCGUUUUUUGCCUAUGUAUAAAACGGUCACAGGUUCCUACAGCAGAUUGCAUGGUAAAGAUCAGUGUAUGAUAUCUUCAAAAUCAUUCCUAAAGCCAUUUGACGAGCAUUGCCUUUCCUAUUCAACAGAUUCAAUCGAAUAUUUGCUAUUAAGAGCCCUUGGGGUUCCUGAAUUAUAUGAUCCACAGAUUUUGAUAAGGUUUGGGUUGCCUGGAUUUGAAGGCAAAUCUCAACUUGAGCAGGAAGAUAUAUUAAUUUAUCUUUAUACCAAUUGGCAAGAUCUCCAAACAGACUCUUCUAUACUUGAAGUUCUAAAGGAAACUAAAUUUGUAAGAAAUGCAGAUGAAUUUUCCACAGAUCUCUCAAGGCCCAAGGAUCUGUUUGAUCCCUGUGAUGCUUUAUUAACAUCUGUAUUCUGUGGUGAGAGGAAGAAAUUUCCUGGAGAAAGAUUUACUAUAGAUGGUUGGCUUCGCAUAUUAAGGAAAAUAGGUCUUCGAACUGCAGCUGAAGCAGAUGUAAUACUUGAAUGUGCCAAAAAGGUAGAAUUUUUUGGAACUGAGUGCAUGAAAUCCAAGGGGGAUUUUGAUGAUUUUGAGGGGGACUCCAAUGAUGAGAUUUCUAUGGAGAUAUGGGCAUUAGCUGGAUCUGUUAUUGAAGCUGUGAUUUCAAACUUUGCUGUCCUUUAUGGUAAUAAUUUCUGUAAUGUAAUCGGUAAGAUUGCAUGUGUACCUGCUGAACUGGGAUUUCCCAGUGGUGGCGGCAGGAGAGUGCUUACUUCAUAUAGUCAGGCUAUUUUGUUAAAAGAUUGGCCUUUGGCUUGGAGCACUUGUCCCAUUAUUUCCCGACAAAAUGUUAUUCCUCCCGAAUUCUCUUGGGGAGCACUCCACCUAAGGAGUCCUCCAUCUUUUUCUACAGUACUAAAACAUCUACAGGUGAUUGGAAGAAGUGGUGGUGAAGAUACACUUGCUCACUGGCCCACUGCAUUAGGUGUAAUGACAGUUAAUGAAGCUUCUUGUACAGUGUUGAGAUACCUGGAUAGUAUUUGGGGUUCCCUCUCUUCUUCAGAUAUAAAAGAACUACAGCAAGUGGCUUUUCUUCCUGCUGCAAAUGGAACACGCUUGGUGACAGCAAAGUCCCUUUUUGUUCGGCUGACAAUCAACCUAUCACCAUUUGCAUUUGAACUUCCUAUUUCUUAUCUUCCUUUUGUGAAAAUUCUAAAAGAGUUGGGACUUCAGGACGUGCUAUCAACUGAUUCUGCAAAGGAUAUUCUACUAAAUCUCCAAAAUGCUUGUGGAUAUCAGCGUUUAAAUCCAAAUGAACUCCGUGCUGUGAUGGGAAUCUUGUAUUUUCUCUGUGAUACAACUGCUGAGGGAAAUGCAUCUGGCGUGGUCAGCUGGAAAUCAGAUGCCAUAGUCCCAGAUGAUGGUUGCAGGCUUGUUCAUGCAAAGUCAUGUGUGUAUAUUGAUUCGUAUGGCUCUCGAUAUGUUAAAUGCAUUGACACAUCAAGGUUAAGGUUUGUUCAUCCAGAUCUUCCAGAGAGAAUUUGUGUGGCUCUGGGCAUUAGGAAGAUAUCUGAUGUUGUAGUAGAGGAACUUGAUGAGGGUGAAGAUCUACGUAAACUGGAAUGUAUUGGGUCUGUCCCACUGGCACUCAUCAGAGAGAAGCUAUCAAGCAGAUCAUUCCAAAGUGCUGUAUGGACUCUUGUAAAUAGCCUAGCUGGUUAUGUUCCCACUACUGAUGAUUUAUCUUUAGAAACCAUACAGAAGUUACUAGAAUUUGUUGCAGAAAACUUAACGUUUGUUAAAUUUCUCCAUACCCGCUUUAUGUUUCUUCCAAAGUAUCUAGAUAUAACUGUCAUCAGUAAGAAUUCUGUUAUUCCAGAAUGGGAGGGAGAAUCCAAACACCGAAGUCUGUACUUUGUAAACCGGUCAGAGACCUCUAUUCUGGUUGCGGAACCACCUGCUUGCAUACCUGUUCUUGAUGUUGUUGCAAUAGUUGUAAGCCAGGUUUUAGGCUUCCCUGCCCCACUACCGAUAGGAUCCUUAUUUUUAUGUCCAGAAGGCUGUGAAACUGGAAUACUCAAUAUACUGAAGCUUCAUUCUGACAAGAAAGAACUUGAAUCUACAAGUAAUAAAUUAGUUGGCAAGGAAAUACAGCCUGCAGAUGCUCUUCAAGUGCAGCUUCAUCCUUUGAGACCCUUUUAUAGGGGAGAAAUAAUUGCAUGGCGGACUCAGGAUAGACAGAAGUUGAAAUAUGGUAGAGUUCCAGAGGAUGUUAAACCAUCAGCUGGUCAAGCUCUUUACAGAUUCAAGGUGGAAACUGCACCUGGAGUGGUUGAGCCUCUUCUUUCUUCACAAGUCUUUUCAUUUAAAAGCAUAUCUAUGGGAAACGAGGCUUCCUUGGCAGCUCUGCCAGAUUAUAGUCAUGCAGUAGUUGUUCAAAGGACUACCGUUGAGGUCCCAGAAAGUUCUACAAAAGCUAAAACAAAAUCUUAUCAGGGUGGUAGUGAGCUUCAGUAUGGCAGAGUGUCAGCUGCUGAACUUGUGCAGGCAGUCCAUGAGAUGCUUUCUGCAGCAGGGAUAAACAUUGAUGAGGAGAAACAAUCUCUUCUGCAAAGAACAAUAACUCUGCAGGAACAAUUGAAAGAAUCUCAGGCAACACUAUUGCUUGAACAGGAGAAGGCUGAUGUGGCAGCAAAAGAAGCUGAUACUGCAAAAGCAGCAUGGAUUUGUCGUGUCUGUUUGAGCAAUGAAGUUGAUAUGACUAUUGUUCCCUGUGGCCACGUGCUUUGUCGUAGAUGCUCAUCUGCUGUUUCCAGAUGUCCAUUUUGUCGACUUCAGGUCACAAAAACGAUUAGAAUUUUCCGACCAUGAUUGGCAUUUCAAACAGAAGCAAGAUUUCUCAAGCACUUAUGCUGAUAUUAUUGACCAUAUUUCGCCAGUAGGUAUUAAUUAUCAUUAACUCCUAGAGAGAUACCAUAUUGCCUGCUUGUCAUACUAGAUAUUCUACCGAGUAUAUGUUCAUUCCAUUCGCUGGUGUAUAGCAGUUUUUUCUGCAGUGGACAGAAGAAAUUGAUAAAAUAUAGUGUAUAGUUUCUCGCCAAUUGCUUCUUUGUUCUUGAGACUGAGAGCACAGUGUUUAAUGAUGAGAGUAUAUAAUAUAUUGUACAGUCUCACUCUUUAUGUUACCAGUCAUGGGUGGUAAUAUAAUUAUUUUAUUUAUAAAAUUCAUGUAGUAAAAUUAAAUUGAA